GAGUUGUAAAUAUCAUUCAUUCAAUAAACCGAAUAUGAAUACGUUGUCGUUCCUAUUUUGUUGUUACAGAUGAAUACAUGGUUUUCAAAAUGAUUGAGUUACAAGUGUAAAAUAUCGAUAGUUUUAUUUGUAUAAAUGUGUUUGAAAAAUGAAAUGCGAAGGAAGCACUGAAGAGAACAUUGCACUUGCCAAAGUAUGCAUAAGUUAGUAACACAAUACACACUUUCAAAAAAGUCGAUCAAUCAAAUACCAGAAUACUGAAUUCAAAUAGGAGAUAUGGUAAUGAAUAAUUGUGCCCCCAAUAUAACAGAAUAUCACUCCCGAGGACACCUACAUAUAUCUUUGCGGAUACGCGAAUAUCAUCUUCUGUGUCAUUGGGACGCUUUUCAAUUUAUCGGUAAUUAUGGUAUACUCGCAAAAACACAUGACUACACCAAUGCGCACGAUAAUUGCACAUUUAGCAGCCACCCAAGUGCUCGCAAUUAUCGCAUAUAUGCCACAUUCUUUGCAAGAAUUGAUUCGAGCUCAUGAUAACCCAAUAAUCGAGCAACUGAGAACAGAAAUGUGGGAAAGGUGUUCAUUUUAUUCUUGGCAUUUGACAGCCACAUUCACCCAUAUAUCAUCAUUGCUUACCGUAAUACUAGGAAUUUGGCGGUAUAUGAGUAUCAUUUAUCCAUUGGAGGAACCCAGCUGGUGCAAAACGCGCACUACACGGAUCAUCAUCAUUGUAUGCUACAUUCUGGGUAUAAUGGCCUCUGUACCAGCCUUAUUGGGUACAAGUGUUGAAGAAGAAUCAUUUUGCCACCAUGGCAAAAAUAUAACGAUUCAUCGAUUUCGCCUUCGAAAUACAGAACACAAUUUUGCGUAUAGAGCUAAUUUUCUAUUUUAUGGAAUUUUGUUGAAAACCCUUCCAUCAGUCGUUCUGACUGUAAUUACUUCCAAACUGAUUCUAGCUUUGCAUCGAGCAAAACUUCGCCACGAACAACUGACCGGAUACAUUGUCCGAAAGGAUAAGCAAACAAUUCAGCUUACUAAAAUGUUCCUUAUUGUUUUGGUCCUGUUUUUGACGGGAGAGCUACCCCAUGGAAUAUUCUGUUCACUGACGGCGAUCUACGGCGUGGCAACGAAGAAUACAUUGAACUUGUCUAAAUAAUAAUACGUGGUUUCAAUUCGACAUUCAGAUCAACGCAAAUUACAUCGUCCCAUACUGCAUUCAUCUGAUCGCAUCGAGUACCCGACCACUCAUCAGCCCAGCGAUAAAAUAAGUCAAAUAUGAACUGCUCAGAAGAUGAAUUGCAAUAUUACUCAUACGGCGAUCAAUAUUUAUGCGGUUACACCAAUAUACUCACGUGUAUCAUAGGAGCAUUUUUCCACACAUCCAUCAUAGUGGUAUACACCAGAAAAAAUAUGAUAUCGUCCAUGAACACCGUUCUCGUACAUUCGUCAGCUGUAACUCUGCUCUCAACCAUCGUAUAUCUGCCCCAUUCAUGGCACGAAUUCAUUCGAGCAAAUUUGUACACAAUCGAAAAACACAGGCAAGAAUCCUGGGAAAUAAUUUCGCUCUAUUCGUGGCACUUGAACGCUGUUCUCUCCUACACUUCGACAGGGAUCGCCAUAAUGAUGGGUGUAUGGCGAUAUAUAGCUGUCAUUCAUCCAUUGAAAGAACGUUACUGGUGUAACAUGAGAAACACUCGGAUAGCAAUUGCUGCCUUGUAUGCGGUGGCUAUUGUGGCUCUUAUACCAGCUAUCAAUGAAAUGAAAAUUGUUGAGACGUAUAAAAUACUCGGGCUUGAUGGAUUUAUGGCCAAGAACUGUACAGCUGGCAAUCGAACGAAAAUUUACGAAAUGAAGAUCCAAAUUGAAGAUAACGAUUUCGCCUACUUCGUCACCUUUAUAUGGUAUGGUUUGUUGCUGAAAACGUUGCCAUCUAUUUUUCUCGGUGCCAUCAGUUUGAAACUGAUUUUAGCUCUACGUAAAGCGAAAAAUUUCCGUCAGCAAGUGACCAUUACAAGAUCUCAAAGUAAACCGAAUUCAAGAUCCUCGAAGACUACUCGUACUGAUCCCACUGAUCGCACCACAAAGAUGUUAUUGAUGAUAUUGGCGAUAUUCAUCAUCAGCGAACUUCCAGACGGUAUAUUCUGCACAUUGACUGCGUUCCGUGGUAAAGAGUUCUUCCACAAAUAUUAUUAUCCAUCGUGGGAACUAAUUACCACACUGGUUCAAGUUUGCGAUAAUUUAAAUUUCAUUGUGUUUUAUACGAUGAGUAAUCAGUUCCGAGUUACUUUCAAAGCUCUGUUUCGCAAAAGAAAUGGGGAUAUGUCUGAUUCUCCAGCCAAUACCUAAUGCCCCCUGAAUUUAAACAACGUUUACAUAAGAGUAGGUAGAUACUCGAUUGUUACCUAUUUACUUCAGCAAAAAAUCCAUUCCGUGUUGUUGAGCAUUAUAAUGAAAUUCCAUACCUAUUAUUGUAAUUUAAUUUUUGAUGAUUGUUACCUACUCAUCACAUGUACUUACCUAAUGAUACUUUCUUAUUUGUUAUCCUAAUUACCUAUCUCACAUCGUGAAUAAAAUAUAUCCAUUUUUCUUCAAGAAAAUCAUAUUUCGCUUUAAGAUACGUAUGUAAUACUGGAAAACAACAGACAUUCAAUAAUUUUUUUGCAGAUUAAUCUGAAAUCAUGUGGAUUUGAUUCUUUACAUAGAUUGAAUACAAUGUAUGUAUGUAGUAGAUAAAUAAAGUAGAUAGGUACAUCACAAACGUCAAAUUUAGAUAAAUGCUUCAUCAGUCAUCACAUAUUUGAAAAGAUCGCUACCCAUAUAAGCGAUAAUUUGUAACCGUACAAUCAGAUACUCAACUUCCAUGCAGUUCAUCUAAUCACCAAAUUUGACAUUUUUUUGUUAGUCGCCUUCCUGUGUCCGUGUAAUUUACAAGUGACCAACAAAGUUAUAUGCUAUUUUUUAGAAAUUAAAUUAUGAGAAUACGUACCUAUUUUGAAAAUUUGAACUUGAAGUUGAAGAACAAUAUUUCAAUAAUGUUUCUGGAAUAAAUCAGCGAAAACAUGAGAUCGAAUGAACUUUAGGUACACCCAGCAAACGUAGGUACCUACCUAAUUAAUAUUUCUACAGUUUGAAAACCAUGAAGAUUUUCAGUUCGAGCUCGAAUCUCAGAAUUGGUUCGUUUUUCAUUUUUCAACCGGGAUACUGAAUCCAAGCAGGAAAAUGAAUAAUAAUUGCUCCAUCAACACGACUGAUUAUCAUUCCCGAGGCCACCUAUAUCUAUUCGGAUACGCGAACAUUGUGUUCAGCGUCAUUGGGACUUUUUUCAACUUAUCAGUGAUGAUGGUAUACUCUCAAAAACACAUGACUUCUCCAAUGCACACAAUAAUUGCACAUUUAGCAGCCACCGAUGUGCUCACAGCUGUGGCAUACAUACCACAUUCUUGGCAAGAAUUGAUUCGAGCCAAUUAUAACAUAACUAUUAAGACAAUUGUGGAGCACAGAACAGAAAACUGGGAACAGUGUUCAUUUUAUUCUUGGCAUUUGACAGCCACAUUCACUCAUAUAUCAUCGUUGCUCGUAGUAAUGCUAGGGGUUUGGAGGUAUAUUGGCAUCAUUCAUCCGUUGAGGGAACGCAGCUGGUGCAAUACGCGGAAUACACGGAUUAUCAUCGUUGUAUGCUACAUUCUGGGUAUACUGGCCUCCAUACCAGCCUUUUUGGGUACAAGUGUUGCAAAAGAGUCAAUUUGCCGCAAUGGAACAAAUAUAACGAUUCAUCAACUUCGGAUUAUGGAUAGAGAAGAUGAUUUGACGUUUAAAGCUACUUUUUUGUUUUAUGGCAUUUUGUUGAAAACACUUCCAUCAGUUGCACUGACGACAAUCAGUUGUAGACUGAUUCUAGCCUUGCAUCAAGCAAAACUUCGACACGAACAACUGACCAGAAACACGAGCACACUUUCCAACGAAUCAAAUCGAAGAUUUACCAGAAAAAGAAAACAAACAAUUCAGAUUACUAAAAUGUUACUGAUCGUUUUAGGCCUCUUUGUGACGGGAGAGUUACCCCAUGGGAUAUUCUGUUCACUGACGGCGAUUUACGGUACCGAGUUUUAUUACAAAUAUUAUUAUAAUUUGUCAGAGAUAUUCAACACUGUGAAUAAUUUCUGCUCUUGUACUUAUUUCUUAGUCUACUAUAAUAUGAGCAAUAAGUUUAGGAAUACUUUCAAAGUAUUAAUUAAGUGCCAAGAGCCUUCUCCACUUAUGUACCAAAAUACGUUCGCUUCUUGCAAUGCGAACACAAUCAAUCAAUGUACUAAUGACGUAGUUAUAAGAAGCUUCCCAUAAAACUAUGAAGCAGUUUUAGCAGUUGAACAGAAAAUUAAUUUGUUUUGGCAUGGGAAAUACUUAGGUACCUACUAAGAUUUUUCGGCUCAACAUCCUAUUUUUCAAGCUGUUGUUAUGAUUAUUAAUUUUAAGUCCAGGUAUGUGUAUAUUUAAUUUACGUAUGUGGUAUGUAUUUGUGUAAUAGGCUACCUUACCUAUCUAUUUUGUAUUGAUAAUAUAAUUUAUGCAAAUUUACAAACCUGGCAUGCAAUCAAUUUGUGAUUUACCUUCUAUGAAUUCCUGGUAAUACCGAGUAAAUAAUUUAACGUAAAUUUCUGAGAAACUCUUGUACAUACCUAUUCCAUUAUAGAUUUCCAAUAAAACCACGUGAUUUACUGUAAA